ACGAGUUACGGUUGUCCGGUUCACCGAAACCCCAAUACGUUCCCUUCGUUCCGCAGUGUCCGUUGGAAUUUCCAUCAAUGCAUCAGGUUCCAAAUAUAAGUGAUCGUUUUGCAAACUCUGGAAGCGGAAAUCACACCACCAACACGUAUUGUGGUGUCGACGGUCCGUCAACCAGCCCCAUUGUGAUUCAGCCAAAUGGCACCUCCUUCGAGCUGAGCAGAACUUCCCUAGACUUGCAUCGAUCAGACAAUGAGCCUACCUUGUACGAUUCCGCAUUACAACGGAACAAUAAUCGUAUGAUCACUAGCAGUCCUACGCACAACUCUCAGCCUCCAACUCAGCGUCUCUCACUUUCCACUGGCCCCAGCUCUCCAGGAAGUGAAGUAUUUCCCGGUGGUUCAUCUACCUCAUACUUAUCCCCGGCCUCCUCCUCAUCCAUACACAAAGCCCCUCAUGCUGAAAUAGAGGACGAAAACUCUCCAUAUAAUACCAACCCAACGAUGACUGCGCCCUUCUCCCAUCCGCUCCCCAACAGUCCACUCACUUCUACAGCUGAUACUCAUCGAUCGGUAUGCCCACUCGGACCACAGAAAUGUGGCCCUGGGAUGGCGUGUCAAACAGACAUGAAUGGGAAUUUGUCUUCCAGGCUCCCGUUUGACCGGACCACUCAAACCGAGGGAAGUAACGCUACAGCAAAUGGCUCGGCACCUAGGACCUCGCAGGUUCAAGCGACCCGCAGGAACUUGAGCUCCCAGUUGACUCAACUCCACCUACAGUCUAAUCAAUCUAAAGGCAAUGAUCUCGAUGCCCCUGUCAAUCUUGAUGGUCGAUCGGAUGCGUCUUCUGGCUCAAAUCCCUGCCCCCAACAGUCCGAUCGUGCUAUGGCAUCUAGUCUAUCUCAUUCGGGUGCUUCGUUGCCCACACAGCUGGUUGUAACGCGGUCGUCUAUCACCACCUUCUCUCCUCCAAGGUGGACGGACUUUAAUGGGCCCAUUCUACAGGCCUCGCGAAUGGUCGCAGGCACUACCAUUCAGGAAGAGGAAGUGGAAGCCGAUGAUCACCAAAUUCAACCUAACCCUCCAAACCAGGCAAAACCCACAACACAAGCCGACCCGACCAAUAGGACCCGACCUUUAUCUUUUACCGUGUCCAGCUUGGAAAACCAUUUGAACCCGAGCCUUGCUGCCGCUGUUGCGAUGGUUUCCGAUGAGACUGGCACCUCAGCUGCCGAGCUGAUGGCUGGCUUGGCGGAAGUGCGCCGCCGUCCAGUGGACACUAGAAAUCGCUUGCGUCGUCUUGGGCAAGACCCUGUCUGUAGACUACCUUGUGGCACCUCUGAUUCAGGUGGCGAGACUGAUGGCCUUCCCGGCAGGUCGUUAAACCGCCUCUCCUUGCCGGCCAAUAUCAAUCUACCACCACAUUUGUGGCGGAGAGCCACUCAAUUUUUGGAGGGACCUAUGUCUAGAAGAGAACGACGCUGUUCUUUGUCAGAAAUCGGAUUCGGCAAACUGGAAUCAUACGCCAAAUUAGAUAUGUUAGGACAAGGAACAUACGCAACGGUGUAUAAAGGUCGUAGCCUGCUCACCGAAACUCUGGUGGCCCUCAAGGAGAUCCGUUUGGAGCACGAAGAGGGAGCUCCAUGCACUGCAAUCCGUGAAGUUAGCCUGUUACGAAACCUCCAACACGCCAACAUUGUCACGCUGCACGAUAUCAUCCACACGGAAAAGUCUCUGACUUUGGUAUUUGAAUACGUGGAGCGGGAUCUCAAACAAUACCUACACGAUUGUCAUGGAAUCGUCCACCCAGACAACGUGCAGCUCUUCCUUUAUCAACUCCUACGGGGACUUGAAUACUGUCAUCGGCGUCGUAUCCUACAUCGUGAUUUGAAACCACAAAAUCUGCUCAUCACGGACCGUGGCGAACUGAAAUUGGCCGAUUUUGGGCUGGCACGGGCGAAAUCGAUCCCAAUCAAGACUUACUCCAACGAGGUGGUGACGUUGUGGUACAGACCGCCCGACAUACUGCUUGGUUCUACUGAAUACUCCACGCACAUCGAUAUGUGGGGCGUCGGUUGUAUUUUCUAUGAAAUGGCCACCGGAUGGCCCUUGUUUCCUGGUUCCACGGUCGAGGAAGAGUUGACGUUGAUCUUCAAGCGGCUAGGGACACCCACGGAAGAGACCUGGCCCGGGAUAACAGAUCACCCCGAUUAUAGCAAGGCUUUAAAAUACGGUCCUUAUCCUGGGGAACCAAACGGACUGCUCCAUUCGGCACCCCGCCUUUCACGCCGAGCGCAUACUCUUUUAUCCAGUCUACUGGUGUUUCAAGGAUCCCGACGUAUUUCCGCCGCGGACGCUCUGAAGCACAGCUAUUUUAGCGAUUCCAUGCGCUUACCCGUGCAAGCGCUUUCCGAAUUACCUCCUGCAGCUAGCAUAUUCGAAAUUCCUUCAGUUCGACUUGUCCCCGAUCCCGGACGAAGUGCAGGGUCUUCAAUCUCCGGCCGACUGAGCGGAAGAAACUGCGCACAAAUGAAUGGGUUCAACGGUAACUCAAAGCUAAAGUAUGCUCACGGCAAACUGAAUACAUCUACCACAUACGAACCGGUGAACACAACAAUCGGCAGAUCCGCAACCUUUGAAACAGGACAUGUGAAUGUGACACACAGAGAAUUGAACGGAAAAUCGAAUCAACCCCACGGCUACGGUGGUCAACAUCACUUUUAUCCCAAGUAUCAACUGACGGCCGCAAACCCACCUCCGCCCCCACCGCCUCAUCAAAUUUCUCUGAGCAACUCCUUCCACCUGCAACCAACCACCGCAACAAUGAGUGUAGUGCCGGUGAGCAAUUGUGUCCGUCGGCCAUUGUCGACCGCAUUCGAAGCGCCUUGCUUUGUCCCCCAUUCCAAACAGAGUGUGAUUCGUCCCCAGCUGAUGGUGCUGGAUGCACUGAAUCAGCCGCGAUCUCACCUCAGUCCCAAUUCGAAACUCCAAACACACAGUCUCAAUUCGAAUAGGUAUCCGACCGGCUUUGUCUUCUCACGGCAGCAUGCAGCGAAAUAUGAAGACCGACGCCGUAGCCUCUUUUCUUAGCGCUCUCCAAUGAUUCGAUCGAGCGCUUGCUCCGAUGCCCCGGUCAGAUUGUGCAGCGCCUUUGUCUACCCACGCGAGCCAAAGCCAUCACCUCCUCCCCUCCGUAACAACGGCCCAACCCAUUGUCCAUGUGUACAGCUUCCAAGGGCCGCUGUUUCAUGCAACCACCGUUUUUAUCAUUACCGCCAACACCACUAACAACCGACCGAGUUAGCCAUUGCGCGCUUCUGAUUUUAUUUCAAACUCAAAAACCUGUUGCAUUUUGCUUAUCUUUCUACGCGUCUCGGAACUCAUAUUCAUGUCUCGAUCUCGUGGCGUUCACUUCAUCCAAUGAGGACGACUGUCGCUUUUGGAAUGCCCACCACACUCGCUAGGCUAUCUUAAUAUCUGUAUAUGUGGUCAUUUUUAGAGUAUUCCUUACAAACAAUAUACACGAUGCGCCAGUCUUCACCACAUAUC